AUGUCUAUGCCGUUCCUCCGAAGUCCUUUCGGCGCCUCUGUCACCGUUAUUCAUCGAAUUCGAUCCAAGUCUAGAAUGUCCUUCGGGUCCAUGGAAAGAACUGCUAAUGAUUCUCUUCACCCCCCUGAGACUGUAGUCUCUUCAAAUUCUGGCGGUAACUCGUAUAGCAACAGUAAUACGACUUCCAGCGGCAAAUCGUCCGGUCAAACUACCGGGGGAACUGGUGGAACCGGCACUACUGGCAAGACUUCAUUUGAGUCUAAGCGAGAGAAUACCUCAGGAGACAAAAAGACCUUUACAGUGAUUCGUGACAAGGAGCCAGAGACAACCACCUCGAUCACCGAGUCGAACCUAACAACAAUCCAAGAAACGGCCCUCGACAUAAUAACACCGACUAUUCUAACUGUCGAGCGAGCUGCGGCCGCAAAAGUCUUUCUUGAGACUUAUUUUGACGAACAACUCUCUAAGCCUAGCCCACGCUCGCUUCGCCGGCGUUACCUAGAAGGAGAACUAUACCACGCUAGUGGACUGACAGAGGCGGAGAAGGCUGCUAGACGCCGGAGGUUUUGCAAGCAGGAGACUAAUUAUCUCCGUGAAAGUCGCGUUUUGAAGGCGAAAAGUAUCGGCGCGGUGCAAGGGAAGCAUAACCAACUUGCUGACGGUUACGAAGUUUUGAAGAUCCUUGGGAAGGGGAGUUUCGGUGUUGUGAGGCUUGUACGUGAAAAACCGAAACUAGGUGCUCUCGUACAUGAGGUAUCACAGGACAAACGAGUAUACGCCAUGAAGGUGAUACGAAAGUCGGCAAUGUUGAGGACGAGCCAAGAGGCUCAUUUGCGCGCCGAAAGAGACUUCUUAGUUGCUUCAGAGGGCUCGAAGUGGAUUGUGUCAUUAGUCACUAGUUUCCAGGACUGUGCGAACUUGUAUCUCGUGAUGGAUUAUAUGCCUGGAGGCGACUUUCUCGGCCUUCUUAUCCGAGAAAACAUUCUCAACGAACCAGUCGCUAAAUUUUACAUCGCCGAGAUGAUCUUGUGCAUCGAGGAGGCACAUUCUUUGCGGUGUAUACACCGUGAUAUUAAACCGGACAAUUUUCUCAUUUCCGCAUCUGGCCAUCUGAAGAUCUCAGACUUCGGUCUGGCUUUUGAUGGCCAUUGGUCGCACGACACGAGUUACUACCAUACGCAACGGUAUAGCUUGCUACAACGAUUCGGUAUACCGGUAGAGGGAGAUGCCCUCGAUCGUGCCGAAGGCUUACAAGGCUCUGUCAAAUGGGCUCAAGGUGUAGCUCAGGCGAUGCAGAAGCAUGAGCGCCAUCCAGCGCACCUGACCUCGUCCUCAGCAUUGCCGGAUGAACCACUUCUAAAUUGGCGUAACAGAUGCGGUAACCGGAGCGCUGCUCGAUCUUGCGUGGGAACAAGCCAGUACAUGGCCCCAGAAUGGAGUGUCGGCGUCAUUUUGUACGAAUGUUUAUACGGCCAUACCCCUUUUCUGUCGGAUGAGGGUGGUCGCCAGCAGACGAAGCGUAAUAUUGUCAAUCACAAGCAGACAUUCGCUUUCCCACCCCGCCCGGUUAUCUCGAGGCGAUGCAUGGAUCUUAUUGCCAACCUGAUCUGUGAAAAAGAGGACCGUAUUUCGUCAAGACGAUAUCGUUACCGGGAUACAACCCCGGAGGCCUCGCACCUAGGAAGAGGCCGACACCGUCGUGGAUAUCAAGACUGGACGGGAAGAGCAGUAUAUCCUCAUGACGGAGAGGAUAUCAAAGCACAUAAGUGGUUCCGUGAUAUCCCCUGGGACCGGCUACAGCAAAUUCCUCCGCCGUUUGUCCCACAACUCUCAGGGUGCGAGGAUACACAUUACUUCGAUGAAGAGGAGCCAAUAUCGGAUUGGUCGGAGUCAGAACCGGAAACGAGUUCUGAGAUGGAGGAAUUAUCACUGUCGGUAAAUCCUCUAAACAUCGGUAGUAUCGCCGGUGGGCUUCCUAGUCCUUCACUCCCCCGAAUCGCACCUUACAGGAGCCCCGAAAAGAUAGCAGCCAUGCAAGCGCAACUCGCCAAGUUUCCACGCUAUGUACGGGGUGUUAUCGGACAGUUCGUGUCGGUGCCGUACGAUUCGGCCAAGCUCAAACGAAUGGACCACGAAAUCGAAGCCACAGCACCCGACACAGAAACCCGCGAAGCAAUGAAGGCGUUUGUAAGGGGGUAUGGGCGUCGCGAGCGGAAGCGGCCCCGCGAUAAACUACUGAGGGAUCGAAAUACCAAAGGGACGGUGCUGGAGGUGCGCAAGCAGACCGCGUUCAUGGGGUACCCAUAUCAGCGCAUGAAAGAGUAUAACCCUCUGGCUAUGGCCGGUUGGGAUGGUAGAGAAGAUGGAAAAAGGAAUGGGAAGUAG